AUGGCAGGCCAAUUGCAGUUAAUUUUGCUGUCAUCCAGGUUGGGUUCACAAUGGAGUAGCAAAAAUCGAAAAGAGAUCGAGUUGAUUAUUCCGUUUCUUGCUUGCUUUAUUAAUUACGUACAUUGCCCUUCACAGAAGGGCCCUUCACAGAAGGGACUUCAUGAACAUGACUGCACUGUAAUAUAUGAGAGCACAAUAAAAUAUUAUACUAAUUGGUCUCUUCUUGCAGACAAGACACAGGCAAACCUGACAACGAAUGUGACAAAAGAUGAGACAAAGAGGAAGACAUCGUUCUCACGAAUCUUACAGUUUGGGAUCAAAGCUCAAAACCAACUCGAGAAAAUUAAUGAUGAGACCAUGGAAUUGAUUGCAGUAGUACAGAAAGUACCUUCCGCGUAG